AUGCUGAAGCCUUCAUUUAUAGCCGACAAAGUCGAAGAAGCGUAUGCCUUCAUUGCGCAUAAUUACGAUCCCGGGGAUGAGAUAUUCUUAUUUGGCUUUUCGAGAGGAGCCUAUACCGCCAGAAUGGUGGCCAUGUUUGUUGGAGAGAUCGGUCUCCUUGACCGUAAGGACAUGGACAACUUCGCCAAAAUUUUCAUAAACUUCCAGAAUCUCGGAAAGUGUAAGGACCCAAUUGAGAAACGUGAUCUUGAAGAGAGACUUGCUCCAUGGCGGGAUCCUGAAUCCGACGGCAAGCGGCGCGCUGACAUCGACGGCGACAAGUUCACUGUCAAGUUCUUAGGCGUCUGGGAUACUGUUGGCGCACUAGGACUUCCGGAGGAGAUCCCCUUCGGCAGGAGGGUGUAUAACCUCUUCGGAUUUCCUGAUCGUCAACUAGGAGAGCACGUUCAAUAUGCCCGCCAGGCUUUGGCCCUCGACGAAAUGAGACUGGAUUUUACCUGUAAUAAAUUUAUACAGUCAGAAGCUGGUCGGCAGAAGGGACAGAUUUUAAAGCAGGUCUGGUUCGCCGGCAGUCACACCGACAUUGGAGGAGGUUAUAAAAAUCACGACUUAUCAGACCUCUCCUUGAUCUGGAUGGCAUCAGAAGUUGGACAUCACCUGGGACUGGACGUUGAAUAUUUGGCGCGUCUCGCGACACCGGUCGCUCCGUGGGGCACUCAGCAACCUCACGACUCUGCCACUGGAAUAUUCUUCUUCGCUAGCACCGUCCAGCGGGACCUGCCUGUGAGGCCCAACAACCCGGAGACGCAGGAAUUCAUCCACCCUUCCGUCCUACGACAAGCCAAACUCAACGAGAAACUGUCCACUCUUCUGAAAGAACAGCCGGAUCUCAUUUGUACUCUCGGUCCUCUCGAAGAAGAGAUGCAGAAGAAUUGGCCAUACGAUGAGACAUCAUCAGGUGCCCGAGAGUAUACAGUCCGACUGAAGGCUCGACCAACAGCCGUUGCUAAAACAACUUCUUGGAUGAGAACAUUCAUCCGGCGCUCCAUCAGUAUAUCGCAAAGCAGCUCGCCCGUUGAUAUGGCGCCUGAUGUCGACACCGUCGUUGUUGCUGAGAGGCGCAAGGACGCGCGUCUAUCCAUUCCUCGAAGCCGUUCACAGAAGCGUGUGAUAGGAUGA